AUGCACUUCACAGGCUCCUCCUUGUCUCCUUGCUUUGACUUUCCCGCCUCCUGCAAGCUGUCAUCCUCUGUUGGCAUUUGCAUGUUGGUGUAGCACUUGCAAGGGAAGAAAACCUCGCUUCAUCUCUCAGGAGGGAUCCAGGGUGUUAUGGGAACUGAGCACUCAAAGAACAAGGGGCAAAGGAGCAUGUUUUUUCUGAGGAAAGGUCCAAAGUUGCCUGCAUGGGAAGAUGCUCUUCUCUUGGGGAAAGAGCCCAAGUCGCUGCUGAAACGGGGAUUGCGUUAUGUCAGCUUGAGCCUCAUAAUGAAAGGGAUGACCAGCACACCUGACUUCUUGUGGGGACUGCCCGAGGUGCAGAAACUGAACCUUUCACGCAACCAGCUGGUGGUGAUUCCUCCUUCGCUGGGGAAACUGGACAGGUUGGUAGUGCUGAACUUGGGUGGCAACUGCCUCAAGUGUCUGCCUAAAGAGAUUGGGCUGCUGAGGAACCUGAAGGUCUUGUUCGUCAAUAUGAAUUGCCUGACAGAAGUGCCAGCAGAGCUCAGCUUGUGCAGGAAGCUGGAGGUUUUGAGCCUCUCGCAUAACCGCAUCUCGCAACUGCCUUUGAGCUUCACCGACCUGACGAGUUUGAGGAAACUGAACCUCAGUAACAACCGCUUUGUGCAAAUUCCCCUCUGCAUUUUCACACUAAGGAGCUUAGACUUUUUGCACCUAGGGUGCAACAAGCUUGAAAACAUCGCAGAGAGUGUCCAGUAUCUGGUCAAUCUGCAAAUCUUUAUCGUAGAGAAUAACAACAUACGCACCCUGCCACGGUCUCUCUGCUUCAUCACUGCUCUGGAGUUACUAAAUGUUGAUUACAAUGCCAUACAGACUCUCCCGGAUGACCUCUACCUGCUGCGCCGGCUGCCACGCAUCGCGUGGAACCCGAUGGACAAAGGCCUCCACAUCGCCCACAACCCCUUGUCCCGGCCCCUGCCCGAGGUCGUCGAGGGGGGGCUGGAUGUCCUCUUCAACUACCUCAGGGAGAAAAAGGAGCACAACUGAGUUUCCACUGAGCUUGGGAUUAAGCCUGUCAUCAAGACUCAGUUGUA